GCAAAAAUCUCUGGACUGAAGCAUUUAAAAAUUAAUCUGGUAACUCAAAGUUCAUGGUGAAGCUGUGCAAUUUAUUUUCACAAACGAGAUUUGGUCCAACAUUUUUCUAAGCUACUUAGACAUGAUCAUGGGAGGAGGAGAGCUCCCGGGGCUUUUAGUAAAUGAAAUCGGUGGCAUACAUGGGAUACUCCAUGGCCAUGUGGUGUUCCUGAAGAAACAUUUCUGCCUCAUAACCAUGAAGGAAUUUCUUGAAAACAAAAAGCAUAUGAGCAAAAAGGUCCAAGCAAUCUAUUUGUGGUGGCACAAACCAGUCAUUGACCAAGAGCUCCUCCAGAGCCUGCCAAACUUGAAAGUGAUUGCGAAUUCAGGAGUAGGGAUGGAUCACCUGGAUCUGAAACUUAUAGCUAGCUUUGGUGUGAAGAUGGCUAAUGCACCACGUGCUGUUUCCAGCAGCACAGCAGAUACUGGGAUGGCUUUGCUGCUGGCAUCUGCUAGAAGACUAGUGGAAGGCUAUCACAUUGCAACUUCUUCGCGUAUGGAGUACUGUGAAGCUGAUUUUUUGGGUGUUGAAGUUACUGGAGCUACUCUGGGGAUUAUUGGCAUGGGCAGAAUUGGGUAUAAGAUUGCUCUGAGGGCAAAAGCAUUUGAAAUGAACAUUUUGUACCACAACAGCACACGGAGGAAAGAGCAAGAGGAGCAAGCUGUCGGCGCUGCUUACUGCGAAAAGAUGGACGGUUUGCUCCAGCAGGCAGAUUUUGUGAUGGUAGUGGUGAGCCUGACACCUCAGACACACAAGCUGAUUGGGAAGAGAGAGCUGGAGCUGAUGAAACCCACAGCUACUCUCAUUAACAUCAGCCGAGGUGCUGUAAUUGACCAAGAGGCGCUGGUGACGGCCCUGCAGAGCGGUGUGAUCAGGGCCGCAGCUUUGGAUGUCACCUACCCGGAACCGCUGCCCAGGUUGCCAUCUCUGCCUAUUUCUCAGCAAGGAUGCGAGGGGGAUCAUGCAUUGUUAAAAUUAAAGAACGUCAUUAUAACGCCUCACCUCGGCAUUAAAACACACAAGGCCACCUACAUGAUAACAGAGGAAGCUGUUGAAAACAUACUAGCAGCUCUUAAUGAUCUCCCCAUACCCAGUGAAGUACUCCCUAGCUGAUGUGCAAAACGAUGUAACAGCUCUCUCUUUAUUCUUCUCUUUCCCCCCAUCAGCUCUAAAGGUUUUUAUUCUUAUGUCUUCUCUAUUAAGAGAAACCUAUUCCAAGUGGGCACAGAAAGCUCUGGCUUGGUCUUGCAUGUCGUUAAAAAACAGCUUGUACAUUUUAAUUUCCUUGCAAAUUGGAGGAAUACAUGACUUUUAACUUUCAACCGUAUAGAUGCACGCAGGCUUUAAAGUGGCUCUGGGAAACCCAACUUCUGAUUACCUAUGCGCUUCUUGCCAGGCUCCCUAGUGCUAAAGAAUAUGUUAUUUUAGGUUGCAUAAUUCACUUUGUUCCCAUUCUAUUAGCUGUCAAAAACAACAAAGUAAGCUACCUGGCUAGAAAUAUUAUUGAUUUUCCAUAUGGAAGUCUCCUGAGCUCCUGAGACGCAAAAUGCUGAGACAAAAGUCAGUUUUCAGAAAUGUACCGAGAAUCAUUUAUUCAAAGCAGACUGGAUUUUAGAAGACAAUUUAAAGCACUAACACUAAGGAAAAUUAGUCUUCAAGACGAACAUGCUACUAUGUGCAGCCUACCUCCAGAUUUUCAACUUUGUGUGAAUAUUUGGAAGAGCACUUGGAGCCCUCUAAGCCUCCAGCCCCAUUCUGUAAAUUAGUGGGAACAGAAGUCUGCAAAAACACACGCAGCAUUAAAAUCCAAAUCAAUGUUUUCCUUUGUAUCACUGCUUCUGGACAUUUGCAAGAAUAAUGACACUUGAAACAGGGAGCUUCACUGACAUAAAGAGGAAAAAAUACUUUGACAAAUUGCUUUUGUUACUGCAAUUAUCAUUAUAGGAAAAAUCAGAAUGCCAUGGCUUUCCUCCACUAGAAAUAGCACCUGUAUUACAAUUAAUCAUUCAAAUUCCACAGGAAAGGGUCUCUUUAAAUAGAAGAAUGCUAAUCCACCUCACUAAAGCUUUGCAGGAAACAGUUUGCUGUCCUCUCAGUUGUCUUUAUUUACUCUAUUGCCUUAAUACAAGUCCAAAAGACAAAUAAACCAAUAUGCAA